CUCACCAUGGCUGAGUUUGGAGAUCUUUUAUGUGCUCUGGGGGAGUGUGGGCUCUAUCAGAAACUGCUGACCCUGCUCCUCUCCCUCCCACUACUUCUCAAUCCAUUCCAAAUGGUUGGCCAAGUGUUCAUGGUUGUGAACGUGCCUCACCACUGUGACACCAGCUGGAUCCGCGCCAUCGGCCCCAACCUGACGGAGGAAGAGCAGCUGAACCUCACCCUGCCCCGGGGCACGGACGGGGAGUUUGAGCAGUGCUCCAUGUACUCCCCGGUGGACUGGGACCUCCAUUCCAUUGUGGCCUAUGGGCUGAAUGACACCGAGAAGUGCAUCAAUGGCUGGGUGUACCCCUCAGACCAGCCACCGUCCCUGCUCACCGAGUUUGACCUGGUGUGUGACAGGAUGGUCCUGAAUGAUGUCUCCCAGUCCAUCUACAUGGCUGGGCUUCUCAUAGGAGCCAUGGGCUUUGGGAUGCUAAGUGACAGGAUAGGCAGGCGGCCAGUCUUUCUCAUCUGCAUCUUCCUCCAGAGUGUGUUUGGCCUGGGAACGGCCUUUGUGCCCCAUUUCUAUGUGUACAUGGCCUUCAGGUGUGUCGUGGGAGCUGCGGUAUCAGGAAUUAUGAUUACAGUCGUAUCCCUGAUCACAGAAUGGGUUGGUGUCGCCUACCGGACAAAGGCACUGCUAAUGACUCACACGGCCUUCGCCAUCGGGCAGAUGAUGGUGGCUGGCUUGAGUUAUGGGAUUCGCAACUGGAGGCUGCUGGAAAUUGUAGGAUCUGCUCCUAUGUUUGCCCUUUUCUUCUACAUCUGGGUGCUCCCAGAGUCAGCUCGCUGGCUGGUGACCAAAGGCAGAAUCGAGGAAGCCAAGAAGGUUCUGCAGAAGGCGGCAGCCAUCAACAAGCGCAGCCUCCCACCAGAGCUCCUGGAGCAGCUGAAGCCUGAGAAAGAGGUCAAGUCUGGAAGUUUCCUGGAUCUCUUUCGGAAGAAGCACCUGCGGAAGGUGACUUUAAUCAUGUCAUGUGUCUGGUUUGCAGACAGCAUUGUCUACUAUGGGCUGAGUCUCAGCGUUACAGAUUUUGGCAUGGACAUCUACCUGACACAGCUGGCCUUCGGAGCAGUGGAGCUUCCAGCUCGAAUUUCCUGCAUAUUCCUGCUGGACUGGUUUGGGAGGAAGAAAGUACAGGGCAUUCUCCUGCUGCUGUCUGGCGUGUUAUGUCUCAUCCUCACUGGCAUCCCUGAAGACCAGCCCAUGGCAACCACUGUCCUGGCCAUCAUCGGCAAGUUCACAUCCACCGCCGCUUUCUCCACCUCCUACGUCUACGCUGCUGAGGUCUUCCCCACCAUCCUCAGGUGA